GAAACUUUUACAGGUAUAUAGGUAGUUAUGCAAAGAACGUUUGUAUAAGCUAAAAAUAACAUUUUAAAUUUAAAUUUAAAGUUUUUUUAGUGAAAUCAAAACAAGCAACAAAAUGGGUAGCGGUGUUCGAAAACAUUCAUCAUCGUUUAAUCCGAAAAUGAGCUUUUUAGGAGGAGGUGCCUUAUUGAAAAGCCAGUGGAGAAACUUAGCUUGGGAUGAAAAGUCCAGGUUCGAAUUGAUCGAAACGAUCCGUGAAUACAAACCUCUCGCCCAAGUUGGAGUCCAACAAGCCCGUCUGUUAUUACUCGGUCAUGUCAACGUUGGGAAAUCUUCUUUCUUCAACACAAUCAACUCUAUUUUCCGAAACCACGUAACUGCCCAAGCACCUGUCGGUAGCCCACGUGACCAACGGUCCAUUACUACAAAGAUGCGAGCUUACCAAGUUCGUAAUGGAAGAGAAGGAAAAGACCUUAACUUUAAGAUUGUAGAUACCAUGGGUAUUGAAGAGGAACGUCGAAGGGGAUUCGAUCCAACUGAACUUCCUUAUCUAUUGGAUGGGCACGUAUCUGAUAAUCACCAGUUCGAUCCGAGUGGCAACAUAUCUCCAGAAAUGCCUGGGUUUCAGAAACUGCCGAAACUACCGGAAAAAAUACACUGCUGCAUAUUCGUUAUAGACGCAACAUCAGUCAGUUCGCUGUCAGAUGAACUGCUAAACAAACUUAACGACAUGAGAACCAAGAUAACUGGCAGAGGAAUACCAAUUAUAGUUCUUAUGACUAAGAUCGACAAAGCUUGUGACCAAACUAGAGGGGACGUGUCGUUGGUCUACAAGAGUGCUACAAUACAACAUCUUAUCGCUCAGACUAGCAGCAAAAUAGGCGUACCUGUUAGUCACGUGUUACCAGUGAAGAACUACACGCAUGAGAUUGAACUUGACCCUUGGGUUGACGUGCUAGCACUUAGCGCCCUCCAGCAGAUGUUACGCUUUACUGACAACUACUUCGACGAAUGCCUUGUGACGUCAGGCACUGGUUAUGUUCCACCCGAGAAGCAAAGCUCCGACGCUUGGACAAGAAAAGCGACCUUGAAUGGAUCGUCGGCUCCAGCGCAAAUGAAGCAAGCUUGGUCAAACAACAACGCAUCUACACCUACAGCUGUGGCGGGUCGUAUUACUGGCGUGAGUGUGCAUAAUACCCCGAGUGGUCGGAACGGGGUAAUGGCUGGGGUACUAGGAACCCCUGCGUCCAAGUUCCCAGAAGCCGAGAAAAAGCCUCUUCUACUAGAAGAGAACCACGUGGUCGAGCUGGACGGAGAAAAAGAAGAAAAGGGGCAAAUUGAAGAGGAUUUGGUGAAGAAACCAGAGGUGGAAGAAAUCAACCAAACCAAAAUGCCGGAUUUCAACGAGAAUCUGCCAAAUCAAAUUCCGCAAGAGGUCGCCUGAGAGGGGACAGUAUGACGCGUGUAUAUAUUCUGCUGACGCUUUUGUUCCAUCCUUCACGAAAACUAAACAUUCUAUUUGCCAUAAAGAAUAACCUGGUUUUACAAAUCAGAAAUAUUCAUAUUGAAAAUGCCGCUGUAUAUAUUUACUGUAGUAUAGGUUGGGUAAGACGGGAGAUGUUUUAUUUUCUAUUAACGUCCCUUUCUCUAUUAAAUUUGGUGGCAAGCAAAUAAUAUUUCACAGAAUACUAUAACAGUAUCCCUACAAAAACAGCGUUGUUAAUUGUUGAGCACACGAUUAGGAAAUAUGGGUUAUUAUUUUCCUAACGGUACCCAUCUUACCCAACAGCAUACUUUAAUAUCUGUAAAUAUAGAUACAGCAAUAUUAAUAUUUAGCUAUUCUGUUCAAUUAAAAACUUAGUGUUAAAGCUGUUUACUUUAUUCAGUUUAAAUUGUUGCUACAAUUAGGAAAAACGAACUUCGCCAUUUGACUUUUUUUUGAGUUUUAUUGAAGCGAUGCGUCAUCGUAUAUGAAUGUGUUUUCGUGCUGCUUUUCAUGUUCAAUGUUGUAUAGUAAACGUUCAAAAUAAAGUACAUCAGUCAAA